AUGGGACCUCUUCUCGACUUUGUUUGUGUUGAUAUCGCGUGUUAUGGGAACCAUGAUUUUGACUUUGGUGACCAGCGGCUCAUCGAGUUGUCUACUCAAGUCAGCUUCCCUUGGGUGCUUUCCAAUGCAUGGAAUUUACCUCUGAAAGAGGAUGAGCAUCCCAAUACGCGUUUACUCGGUUGUGCCAAAUCCUACGCAAUCAAGAUUGUCAACGGGUGUCGAGUUGGAUUUUUUGGAUUAGCUGGCACAGAUUGGCCGUCCAAUUGCGAAAAGCUGCCUCGCUCACAUAUCGAAUCUCCCGUUAAAACUGCUCAGCGGGUGGCAUGCCACCUUCGUACCCGGGAGAAUUAUAUGGAAGUGGCAGAAGCGACAAAAACGGGCCAAAGUAGAGUCGAUUUACUUUUGGGUGGCCAUGACCAUGAAGUCGUUCGACGGUUCAAUGGUGAUACGGAUACAGACCCAGCAAAUGUUGAACAAGGCCACGAUAACGCUGAAAUUACUGCUGAAGGUUUGAUACGAGAUUCUCAGGGUGAAAUUCGGAUUAUCAAAAGUGGGACAGACUGGACAGGCUUGUCAUUGGUACGAAUGAUAAUACGAAAAGAUAAUGAUGGAAGUAUUGGUAUCUCCACAGUUGGGAGCCAGUGGAGCAAUAUCGAUAUAGCAAAUUUGUCCGACUCUACUAUAACGCCCGGAAUCGACAAGUUGCUGAGCUCAAUUCAUAGUCGUGUCGAUGUUCUUGUCCAGGAGCCUGUCUUGCACUCCUAUACCUCACUCAAUGGCCGUGGUUCAGUCGUUCGCAGCCAAGAGACGAAUCUAGGCAAUAUGUUAGCAACUGCAGUUCAGGCUUUCUAUGAUACAGACAUAGCUCUUUUCAACAACAUCUGCCCUUUUGAGAACCCUCUCGUAGUAAAAAGAAUCAAGGGUAGCGUUAUAAUACAUUCUAUGGAAAACUCAAUUGGCGAUAUGCACAUGGACGGACGAUUCCUUCAGAUAGCUGGUCUACGCAUGGUAGCGACCUGGCAACGAGAACCAGGGAAUCGCGUCUUGGAAAUUUCACUUGAUCGACCCGGUGCAACUCCACAGAAACUAGAGCCCUCUCGCACAUAUACCGUUGCCUUGCCUAAGUUUAUCGGGGACGGGUUUGAUGGGUAUACCUUGUUUCCGGCGGAGGAGGCGAUCGUCGGCGAGGAAACUGCUAUAACUGAUACUGGCCUCAUGUUGCAAAUAUUUAGAUACAAAGCUGAAGAGAGGUGUGACGAUUACGAGAUGGGUAUCAAGCGAGCGCAAGCUGUUACUAUCGUUGGUACAGCCUCAGAUGGCUUGCCUAUUGUCAAUCCUGUGGUUGAUGGUAGGAUUCGGUUUAUUGAGUGCUCGGCGCUCUAA